CCCCGCGGAGCCCGGCCGCCAAGCGGGGCGGGGUCGGGUCAGCGGCGGAGCUCUGUCCGGGCGGGCGGGCAGGCAGGCAGCAGGCAGGCAGGGGGCGCUCGGAGCCCUCCGUCCGCAGGAGCCGCGGCGCUUCCCGCCGCGCCCCGCCCGCCGCUGCCUUUGUCCCGCGGGCUUCCCGGCCAUGGCCGCGGCGGAGGUGCGCAAGUUCACCAAGCGGCUGAGCAAGCCGGGCACGGCGGCCGAGCUGCGGCACAGCGUCUCCGAGGCGGUGCGCGGCUCCCCGGCGCAGGAAAAAACGAAGGUGAGCCAGCCCUUGGACUAUGAGAAUGUGAUCAGCCAACGGAAAGCGCAGAUCUACAGCGAUCCCUUCCGGGAUCUGCUCAUGUUUCCCAUGGAAGAUGCCUCACUCUCCGUUAUCAGUCGCCAGAGGAGAACUGUCCAUUCCUCAGUGCCAGAAGAUGCUUUGAAGAAAGCCCAGAGUCUCUUUGUCCAAGAGUGCAUUAAAGCAUAUAGCUCAGACUGGUAUGUUGUGAACUACAAAUAUGACGAAUAUUCUGGUGAUUUCCGAAUGUUACCAUGCAAAUCCUUCAGGCCAGAGAAGGUCCCAAGCCACGUCUUUGAAAUUGAUGAAGACUUUGAUAAAGAUGAGGACGCCUCCUCGCUGUGCUCCCAAAAGGGUGGUGUGAUCAGGCAAGGCUGGUUGUACAAGGCCAACGUCAACAGUACCAUCACUGUGACCAUGAAAGUGUUCAAGAGAAGGUAUUUCUACCUGACACAGCUUCCAGAUGGCUCUUACAUCCUCAAUUCCUACAAAGAUGAGAAGAUUUCCAAGGAAUCCAAAGGAUGUAUCUUCCUGGAUUCUUGCAUAGACGUUGUGCAGUGCCCCAAGAUGCGCCGAAAUGCCUUUGAGCUCAAGAUGAUGGACAAGUACAGCCACUACCUGGCCGCGGAAACGGAGCCGGAGAUGGGAGACUGGCUGGCCACUCUGCGGAAGGUCCUGCAGGCCAACAUGGAGGGGCCAGAGAAGAAGGAGGAGUUCGUGCCUGAUGAUGACUCCAGCAGCCAUGGAAAGUUGGAGAACAUCUUGGAAAGCUUAGGAAGAAGCCUGCAUCCAGAGCUGAUGAAGUACGGCCGAGAAACGGAGCAGCUCAGCAAACUCAGCCGCAGUGAAGGCAGGCAAAACCUCUUCUCCUUUGAUCCAGAAGUGCAGAGGCUGGAUUUCUCCGGACUAGAGGUGGACAUCCAUCCCUUUGAGGAAAGGGGACAGCCACGCUUCCUGCUGAACUGCCACUCCCUGACCUUCAACCUCCUGGCCCAACUGAAGGACAGCUCCAAGGACCCCCCUUCAAAUGUAGAACCGUUCUUCCUCAGCCUGGCUCUCUUUGAUCUGAAAAGCGGUUGCAAGAUCUCAGCAGAUUUCCACGUGGACUUAAAUCAUGGCCCUGUGCGGGAGAUGCUGCCUGACUCUUCUGACGAAGAACCUGGAAACAGCCCCGUCAACAGCCGUUCCCUCCACGGCAUGGCGGAGUCCAGCUUGCGCUACAUAAAGCAGGGGGUCUUCUCUGUGACCAACCCCCACCCAGAAAUUUUUCUUGUUGCCCGGGUGGAGAAGGUGCUUCAAGGAAGCAUUGCCCACAGUGUGGAGCCGUACAUCAAGAAUUCAGAUCCUGCAAAGACAGCGCAGAAGGUCCACAAGCUGGCAAAGAUGUUGUGCAGCCGUCUUGGACGGUACCGGAUGCCCUUUGCUUGGGCGGUCAGGUCUGUCUUCAAAGACACCCAAGGCACCUUGGACCUGGAUGGGAAGUUCUCUCCCCUCUAUAAGCAGGAGAGCAGCAAACUCUCCACGGAGGACCUGCUGAAAUUCUUGGCAGAGUAUAAGAAACCGGAGAAGACAAAGCUGCAAGUGAUCCCUGGCCAACUGAAUGUGACGCUGGAGUGUGUCCCCCUGGAGCUCCCAAACUGCUUCACGGCGGCCUUCAUCCCUGUCAAACCCUUUGAGGGCCGGGAGCGGUGUGACGGCCUGGCUAUCGAGGUUGAUGAAUUUGUCCCUGAGGUGGCCAAGUACUGCUGUCCAUUCACCGCCUACAGAAACCAGCUCUACAUCUACCCUUUGCAUCUGAAGUACGACAGCCAGAAGACAUUUGCCAAGGCAAGAAACAUCGCCAUCCGGGUGGAAUUCAAGGACUCUGAUGAAGGAGACGCCAAAGCCUUAAAGUGCUUCUACGGCAAAUCCGGAGGGCCACUCUUCACCUCGCACGCCUAUGCCUGUGUCUUGCACCACAAUCAGAGCCCCGAGUUUUACGAUGAGAUCAAAAUCCAGCUUCCAAUCCACCUCCAUCAGAAGCAUCACUUGUUGUUCACCUUCUACCACAUCAGCUGUGAAAUUAACACAAAGGGGACAGUGAAGAAACAGGACGCCGUGGAGACCACGGUCGGCUUUGCCUGGCUUCCUUUGCUGAAAGAUGGGCUGGUUAUCACCUCUGAGCAGCAGCUCCCAGUCUCAGCCAACCUGCCAGCUGGCUACCUGGGCGCCAGAGAUACCGAGGCACGAAAGCCAAAUACCGAUCUCAAGUGGGUGGAUGGAGCCAAGGCCCUCUUCAAGCUGAGGCUACACUUGGAGUCCACCAUAUAUACCCAGGAUCGUCACCUGCAUAAAUUCUUCCAGUAUUGCCAGACGAUUCAGGAGGGUGCCAAAGAAGUGCCAGGAGAACUUGUGAAGUAUCUGAAGUGUUUGCACGCCAUGGAGAUCCAGGUCAUGAUACAGUUUCUCCCCGUGAUUCUUACGCAACUCUUUCGAGUCCUCACCAGCCACCCAGGAGAGGAAGAGGUGGCCGUCAACAGCACCAUGGUUCUUCUCUACAUCGUAUCCAGAUGCCACGAGGGGAGUCUUGACCACUAUUUGCGGACAUUCGUCAAGUACUGCUUUCAGCCCGAGAAGCCCAGCCGGCCCCAGGCUAAAAUGACGCACGAAAUCUUGGCAGCAGCCAUAUCAACAAUUCUCAAGCAGUCUGCAGACUUCUUGGCCAUCAAUAAGAUGCUGAAGUAUUCGUGGUUUUUCUUUGAAAUUCUGGUGAAGUCGAUGGCUCUUUAUCUUCUGGAUGAGAACAAGAUUAAGCUUCCCAGGCCACAGCGGUUCCCGGAGUCCUACGGCCACGCGCUGCAUUCUUUGCUGCUCUCCAUUAUUCCACAUGUGAACAUUCGUUACAGCGAAAUCCCAGAGGAGUCAAGAAAUGUCAACUUCUCCUUGGCCAACUUCUUGAAGCGAUGUUUGACCUUCAUGGACCGAGGAUUUAUCUUCAACUUGAUCAACGAUUACAUUUCUGGGUUCAGCCCCAAAGACCCAAAGCUCUUGGUGGAAUAUAAGUUUGAGUUUCUGCAGACCAUCUGUAGCCAUGAGCACUACAUUCCGCUGAAUUUACCAAUGAAUUUUGCCAAGCCAAAGUUUCAUCGAACGCAAGAUGUCAACCUUGAGUACAGUCUAACUGAUGAGUAUUGCCGCCACCACUUCUUGGUGGGAGUGCUCCUGCGAGAGACCUCUGCCGCGCUGAAGGACAACUCUGACGUCCGAUACGUGGCCAUCAGCAUCUUGAAAAGCCUUCUCAUCAAGCACGCCUUUGAUAACAGAUACCAGCAUAAGAACCUGCAAGCCAAAAUAGCCCAGCUGUAUUUACCGCUUGCCGGAAUCCUUUUGGAAAACGUCCAGAGGUUGGCCAGCCCGGGCAUCUUGUACUCGUGCACACCCAUGUCCACCUCUGCCUCACGGGAUGAGUUCCUGAGCAGCUUCACCUCCCCUUCCAACAGGUCAAGCCUCAUUGUUGAUAAAGACUCACUUUUUGGUGCCGGCUUCCAGAAUGGCCUUUUUUUGAAAAGGGAAGACUCGCGGGGGUCCCUCACAUCUGAAGGAACUGCCGGCUCCCCCGAUCAGCCUUCCUCCACUGAAAAUUCAACACAGAUGCGGAAAAGUUCCACGCGCAGCAGCCUCUCCCAUUAUGGGCGGCUGGACCAGUACGAGAUCCGCAGCCUCCUUGUCUGCUACCUUUACAUUGUCAAGAUGCUGUCGGAAGACACCUUGUUGUCCUACUGGAACAAAAUAUCUCCCCAGGAGCUGAUGAAUGUCUUGGUUCUGCUAGAAGUCUGUCUAUUCCACUUCCGAUAUGCGGGGAAAAGGAACAUUGCCAGGGUCCAGGACGGGUGGCUGUCCAAACAUGCGAGCAUUGACCGGAAAUCCCAGACGAUGCCCGCCCUCCGCAGCCGGGCAAGCACCAUGCAGGCCCGGCUUCAGCACCUGAGCAGCCUGGACAGCUCCUUCACCCUGAACCACAGUGCCGGCACGUCAGAGGCAGACAUUGUCCACCAGGCCCUGCUGGAAGGCAACCUGGCCACAGAAGUGACCUUGACGGUGCUGGACACCAUCACCUUCUUCACCCAGUGCUUCAAGAAUCAGCUUUCGAACAAUGAUGGGCACAACCCGCUGAUGAAAAAGGUGUUUGAUGUCCAUCUGGCCUUCCUCAAAAACGGGCAGUCGGAGGGAGCCCUGAAGCACGUCUUUGCCUCUCUGAGGGCUUUUAUCAACAAGUUCCCCGCAGCCUUCUUCAAGGGGAGGGUGAACAUGUGCUCUGCCUUCUGCUAUGAGGUCCUGAAGUGCUGCACGUCCAAGCUCAGCUCCACGCGGAGCGAGGCCUCUGCCCUCCUCUAUCUCCUCAUGAGGAACAACUUUGAGUUCACCAAGCGGAAGACCUUCUUAAGGACUCACCUCCAGAUCAUUAUUGCGGUGAGCCAGCAGGUAGCCGAUGUGGCGCUCAGUGGCAGCUCACGCUUCCAGGAAUCGCUCUCAAUUAUCAAUAACUUUGCCAACAGCGACCGGCCAGUGAAGGCGACCACGUUCCCUUCCGAAGUCAAAGAUCUGACCAAGAGGAUCCGCACGGUGCUAAUGGCCACUGCACAGAUGAAAGAACAUGAGAAGGACCCCGAAAUGCUGGUUGACCUGCACUUCAGCUUGGCCAAGUCUUACGCCAGCACUCCGGAGCUGCGAAAGACUUGGCUGGACAGCAUGGCCAAGAUCCACAUCAAAAAUGGGGACUUCUCGGAGGCAGCCAUGUGCUACGUUCACGUUGCAGCUUUGGUGGCAGAGUUCCUUCACAGAAAAAAGUUAUUCCCUACCGGAUGCUCAUCUUUCAGGAAAAUUACACCCAACAUUGACGAAGAAGGUGCAAUGAAGGAAGAUGCCGGGAUGAUGGAUGUCCAUUACACUGAGGAGGUGCUGGUGGAGUUGCUGGAGCAGUGUGUCGAAGGCUUGUGGAAAGCCGAGAGAUACGAGGUCAUCGCCGAGGUCGCCAAGAUGAUCAUCCCCAUCUACGAGAAGCGGCGCGAGUUUGAGAAACUGACCCAGGUGUACCGAACACUCCAUAGGGCGUACAGUAAAAUCCUGGAGGUGAUGCAGAGCAAAAGGAGGCUCCUGGGCACCUACUUCCGAGUCGCGUUCUAUGGACAGGCUUUCUUUGAAGAAGAGGAUGGGAAAGAGUACAUCUACAAGGAGCCCAAAUUAACCGGCCUCUCGGAGAUAUCCUUCCGGCUGCUGAAACUCUACGGAGAGAAAUUUGGAGCUGAAAGUGUCAAAAUUAUCCAGGAUUCCAACAAGGUGAACCCUAAAGAUCUAGAUGCCAAGUACGCUCACAUUCAGGUGACUUACCUGAAGCCAUUUUUUGAUGAGAAGGAGCUUUCAGAGAGGAAGACGGAGUUUGAAAGGAACCACAACAUCAACCAGUUUGUCUUUGAGACCCCGUACACCUUGUCUGGGAAGAAGCAUGGAAACGUGGAGGAGCAGUGCAAGAGGCGGACCAUCCUCACCACUUGCAACUCUUUCCCGUAUGUUAAGAAGAGAAUCUCCGUCAGCAGCGAGCAGCAGGUCAACCUGAAGCCGAUUGAUGUGGCCACGGAUGAAAUCAAAGAAAAGACCUCCGAAUUGCAGCAGCUUUGUGCUUCACCUGAGGUGGACAUGAUCCAGCUGCAGUUGAAACUGCAGGGGGCGGUUUCAGUGCAAGUCAAUGCUGGCCCCCUGGCCUACGCCCGGGCAUUCUUGGAUGACAAGCUUCCCAGCAAAUAUACCAUGAAGAAGGUGACUGAACUCAAGGACAUGUUCAGGAAGUUUAUCCAGGCCUGUGGAAUCGCCCUGGAAUUCAAUGAACGGCUGAUAAAGGAGGACCAAGCAGAAUAUCACGAGGAGCUGAAGUCCAACUUCAGGGAGAUGGUGAAAGAGCUCUCGGAAAUCCUGCACGAACAGCUCUGAAGACCAGAUCUAUCAAGAAGACCCCGGGCAUCCAUCCUGGUUGCCAAACACCCUACAUGUCUUCUGUGCCAUUAGCGGGACUUCCGGAGAAAGAUACGGCUCCUUCUGAACCUGCCUGGAGCUUCCGGAGGGGACCAGGAGAACUCCUCGACACUUGCCAGACCUUUCUCAGGAAUAUUCUGAAUGCUGCCUGAAACCGGGGAACCUCCAGCGCCUAACCGGGGGUCUCUCCAUCCCUCUUCCUCACAGGGUACUUAUUUGAACCGGGAAAGUGCCUCCUGUUUCUCUUUUCUAUCGGCCUUCGUUGCGUUGUGCUAAACAUGCCUCGAAAGCAUUGAUCAGACCCUGUUCCACUCAACGCAGGACUCCAGAUCCUGCCCUGUAAAGCUGUACAAUGGAAUAUAAUAAAGUGGGAAGCUGUUUUUGUAAUCAGC